GUGGACUGGGUCUCCUUGUCAUUUGCCUUCAGUAGAUUGUGCCGUGGAGAGUGCAGUGAAGGGAUCCGGAGUGCGCUGUUGAAAGAAAAAGAAAAAGAAAAAGAACAACAAAGAUAAUUUAGCAAUGAAAUGGACGCAUGAACGUAUUGCAAUUCACUAACGUUAGUCUUUUUAUAUUGAAGUCAAUGACGUAGAAUCGUCUAAGCAAGUGAUUUAAAGGUUAGCAGCUGGCUAAAGCGAGACAGGGCUGUGUCAUUGAGAAGGCAGGACACGUCAAGACGAGGAAGGGAGAAAAAAUAGACACUCCCGUCGGAUUAAAGAUCCCCACUUUAUAGUGUCAGAUCACCAGUUUAUUGGAGCUUCUGCGUUCGUUUGCAUUGUGAUAAUAUCUGGAACGAGUGUCUGUCCUCUCAGUCAUCGCUUGGAUCAGCCUCUAAGGGUUUAGGAAGCAAGAACAACUGUGUCGGAGCCAGGUUGAACUGGAGAACAUAAAUGGGGGAUUACGGGUUUGGAGUCUUAGUGCAGAACAACACUGGCAACAAGUCUGCUUUCCCAGUACGAAUCCACCCUCACCUGCAAGCGCCACAUCACCACCAGAAUGCGACCGCCAGCCCCGCCGCUUUCAUAAACAGCACCCCGGCUGGAAAUGGCGGCAGCAGUGUUUCGACCUGGCUGUUCCCGGCGGCCGGCGCUCACAGCAACAUGCAAGAUGAAAUUCUAGGGUCAGAAAAGCCCAAAGCCCAGCAGCAGGAGCUGCAAGAGACCCAAGAGAAGCAGCAGCAGCAGCAGCUCUCCCCCGGACACCAGGAGAGCGCCAUCAUCUCUGAGCUGGAAAAGGCUCGUGCCGAAGAGAGUAAAGUGGAGAGCGGGUCAUCCGACGGGACCAGUGGCAAGGAGAAACUGCGAUUGGAGUCCCCCGUGCUGACGCCCUUUGACUAUCAGGAGCCUUCGGGACUGGGCACAGUUGCCCAGUCCAGCACCUCCUCCUCCCUGACCAGCUUCAACAACUGGUCGGCUGCAAUCCCCGCCACCCCCUCCACCAUCAUCAACGAGGACAUCAGCUUCUUCAACCCGGCCGCCUCGGCCAACAACGCCCCUCUGCUGUUCCAGAAUUUCUCCCACCACGUCAGCCCAGGCUUCGGGGGGAACUUCUCCCCUCAGAUCGGUCCCAUUUCCCAGCACCACCCACCUCACCCCCACUUCCAGCACCCCCACAGUCAGCACCAGCAGCAUCGUCGUUCUCCGGCCAGUCCCCAUCCGCCGCCAUUCCCCCACCGCAGCGCCCCCUUCGGCCAGAUGCCGCAUCUCUCCAACAACCUGAGCAAGCCUCCCUCACCCUGGGGCAGCUACCAGAGCUCCUCGCCCUCUGCUUCUUCCACUUCGUGGAGCCCAGGUGGGGGUUACGGCGGUUGGGGUGGCUCCCAGGGCCGUGAGUACCGCCGUGGUUUGAAUGGCGGCAUGACUCCUCUCAACUCCAUUUCCCCACUAAAGAAGACCUUCCCCAACAACCACAUGCCCCAGCAGAAGUAUUCCCGAGCAAGCCCUGGCUUCAACCCGAAGUCCUGGAUGGAUGACAGCAGGAGCGAGAACAUCUUCCCUUUCCAGGAUCGUCCCCGUUCAUUUGAUGGCUUCAACAUGCAUUCUCUGGAGAACUCUCUGAUUGACAUCAUGAGGGCCGAGCAAGACACUCUGAAAGGUCGCCUCGGAUUCACCCAUACAGGAGGAGAAAGCCCCUUGCCCAUAAAUGCAAGGAAUUAUGGGAGGCGACGAGGACACUCAUCCCUGUUCCCAAUGGAAGAUGGCUUCCCAGACGAGGAGAGAGGCGAUCAGAGCCUGCCUGGCCUUGGUUCCUCCCACUGCUUCCCUCACCAGAAUGGAGAGAGGGUGGAGCGCUAUUCUCGCAAAGUCUUUGUGGGUGGCCUCCCCCCUGAUAUUGACGAAGAUGAGAUAACCGCUAGUUUUCGCCGCUUCGGGCACCUGUUUGUGGACUGGCCUCACAAAGCAGAGAGCAAGUCAUACUUCCCCCCGAAAGGUUACGCUUUCCUCUUGUUUCAAGAUGAGAGCUCUGUUCAAGCCCUUAUCGAUGCCUGCAUCGAGGAGGACGGAAAGCUCUAUUUAUGUGUUUCCAGCCCAACCAUUAAAGACAAACCUGUCCAGAUUCGCCCUUGGAAUCUUAAUGAUAGUGAUUUUGUGAUGGAUGGAUCACAGCCCCUAGACCCGAGGAAGACCAUAUUUGUGGGUGGAGUGCCACGCCCACUUCGUGCAGUGGAGCUGGCGAUGAUCAUGGACAGGCUGUAUGGUGGCGUGUGCUAUGCAGGCAUCGACACAGACCCAGAGCUGAAGUACCCCAAGGGAGCAGGGCGGGUCGCCUUCUCUAAUCAGCAGAGCUACAUUGCUGCUAUCAGUGCUCGUUUUGUACAACUGCAGCAUGGAGAAAUCGAUAAACGGGUGGAAGUGAAGCCAUACGUCUUGGAUGACCAGCUGUGUGAUGAAUGUCAGGGGACUCGCUGCGGAGGGAAGUUUGCUCCUUUCUUCUGCGCUAACGUGACAUGUCUCCAGUAUUACUGUGAAUACUGCUGGGCGGCCAUCCACUCACGCGCCGGCCGGGAGUUCCACAAGCCUCUGGUUAAGGAAGGUGGCGACAGACCUCGCCAUAUCUCCUUCCGCUGGAACUAAAGCUGUGCUGAGGACUCUUUACAACUAAGGACGCACUUGCUUGUGUUGACGCGACAAAUCUGCAGAGAAGAGAUCAAAGUGUAUAGCUUAAGUUCUUGGCUCUUGUACACUAGAUUUUAAUGGCAGCCCUAGAUUCAGAAAUGAUCUGACAGCAGCAUGGUAAGAACACGUUGUCGUUUAUGUUAAUAUCGCGCAAAAUGGCUAAAAGAUAACCUUGUCUUUUUGGUUUCCUCUCCAUAGUUGGAAUAUAAACUUAUAAGGAGAAUGCUAAAUCUGGUUCAUGUUUAGGCUGAUCCUCGUAUCACAAUGGAUGUUUGAUGUUUAGGUAUUUUAACAUUUGAAAAUAUAUAUUCUUGAACUGCCAACUAGUUCCUAUUGUAAUCCUUAGCAUGCAUGAUGAGAAAGGAAAAAAAAACGUACAUGAAUUAGCUAAUAAUUGUUGUGGUUGUGCACCAGAUGUUUCUAAACCUUUCGUUUAAGGCCACCACACACCCUGCACCCUCCCCAUGUUAUUCUCGAAACCUUCCCCAUAAUCCAGUAUCAAUAGGAUGCACAGAGGAAAAAAUAUAUAUAUACACACACACACACACGUAAAAAAAAAAGAUAACUCUAAAUGUCAUUGGAUGAAUUUGCAGUGCAGGACGAAAGCAUCUUCUUUAGUACGCUGUUAAAAAGACUUGAGAACUUCAUCCCCACUGUCUGUUUGAAGUAAAUCAAAACCCGUUUGGAGAAAGGGGAACUUAAGACUUGAAUGUGGUAAAUGUUGCAAGUUAACUUCGAGUUGUUAUGUGCAAUACUUUUUUUUUGUUUUGGUUUUGUUUUAACUUUUUCCAGAUAAAGACUCUUUGCAAUGUAAUUCUUUAAUGCCAUUUUUAAUUGCCGACAUUUAAAGAAGAUGUUAAUAUGUUUUUCACAGUCAUUUUCUACUGUUAUUGUAAUCCUUUUCAUGCUGGUGUUUGUAAAAAAGAAAAGAAAUCAAACUAUUUGUACUAAUAUAAAUAAUUGAAGUUAUUUUUAAAACAUUAAAGGUUUUGUGCUUAUUUGCUUAUUUUGUUUAUUUCAAGCUACUGUGAUUGAUUGCAUUGUAAUUAUUAGGUCAACAAUGUAUUUAGCUGUUUAUUGGUAUAUUUUUGAUUGGAAUGUAUAAUUAAUUUUUAUAAUUUUGAUCAGAUUUUUGUUAUAUUUUUGAGGUGAAGCUUUUAAUAUGUUAAAGUGUCUAGUUUUUACUAAUUGCUAUAUUGUGCUCCACAAUAUAUGGUUCACAUUUUCUGAAGGAAAAUAAAUAUUUAAAUAUCUGUCUGUUAACGAUGUUACUUAAUGGCAAAAUUUCAAUAGUUUUUAACUGUGUAUGGGAAGGUUGUUGUAUUUAUUAAUACCAUUUUUUUUACUUAAGAUAUCACCUUAAUUUUUAUGUCAUUUCACUUUAUAAGUUCCUAUUUUUGUAUUUUUUUCUUUCUAAUUAAGUUAUGUUAUACAAAAUGUCCAUAUUCUAGGAGUUGGUCUGUAAGUGCUAGUGAAACAAAAAGAAAAAUCUAAUGCUAUUUAAUUGUUUGCAGCCAACUAUUUAUAACAAUAUGCAUAAUUUUUAAAUAUUUGUAAUGUGAAAUGUUGAAUGAAUAAAACUUAACUGUGACAUGA